AUGAGCAAUUGCAGUAGCUCGGAUGUGGGUCGAGAUCGAGAGAGUUUUCCGUUAAGCUCCUUCGACUACAACUCCUCCCUCGGGCCUUGUGAUUAUGACGAUGAUGGACAAAAUGAUGUUGAUGCAUAUAUCGAAAUAGAGCUUGAACCAGCAAAAACACUGACCCCUGGGACUCGGGAGAACAAAGGAGAGGCCAAUGAGGAUGAGGUUGAGGACGAGGAAGCGGAAUUUCGAAUAUCAUUUUCUACAGUAUGUAGAAAAUCUUCUUCUGCCAAUGUGUUUUCUUUCCCAGCAACUUAUUCUGGUGAUGCCAGUGAUUCAGCAGCAGGAUCCAAGACUGUCACUAUUUUCCCACCAACCUGGAAGAGACUGGAGCCACCAGCUGAUGAAGAUUUUCAAUCAAAUGAAUAUGAACAAACUGCAACAAUCAACCAGGAGUUGCUACAGAGCAGGAAAGCACCAAAAGCCACGGGUGCUAUGAAAAUGCUGGUGAAGUUCAGGUCUAUAAGCUUCCGAUCAAUGCUCACUUCGUUACUGAAACUUGGCAAAUUUACUCCGUCAACAGUCAAAACUCAACAGGUAUACGUAAUAUCUGAAGUGAGACCAGAAAAUCGCCGCAGUUCAUUGAAUCCUUUUGACAAAUUGUUUCGACAAAAGGCCCGCAGAGGGAGAAGAACCGGGGAAAGUUCGAAACCGUUAGAAAUAAACUUGGAGGGAAUUAGAAAACUAUUUGAUACCGGUGCCAUCAAAACUGCAAACCACACGAGACAGGCAAAAAGUUGCCCGAAUUCUAUAAAGUCAUCACCAAUUAAUGAAAACAGAAAUCUUCUUCUGAAUAUACAACUGAAUAAGAAAAAGAAGAAGAAAUUACAGUGCAGAUGGAGCCUGAGUCUCAACACGGUUUGCCUACAUCGAAUCUUUAAUAUCUUCGGCAUAAACAAUGAUGGCACAAUCACCCUCGACGAGCUCAGCCAGGCUGUCGGCCACCUUGGUCUUAACUCCAAUAGAGCUGAACUAGAAUCGAUGAUCCAAUCGGAUGUUCAACCUGGAAAUGCUGACCUUACAUACAAAUAUUUUGUUGAACAACAUGUUCUCCAUCAUUUCAAUUUUCAUGUUUUUUCUGUUUUUGUCCCUUUUCUAGAUCAUGUCUUCUUGUCAUCUAAAGCAUUUCUGUGUCUUGUGGUUAUUGCAUCUAACAUUGUAGAAAUUUUUGUUGAGGUUCAAAAGGCACUCUUGUAUUCUAGUACAAGUAAUGAGACAGCCGGAGGAAAAUCUAAGCUAUGCGUAUAG